AUGGCAGCUCUUCCUCAUUUAGCUCAAAAUGGAACAUAUGAACAACCAUCUCACAUAAUUGCAAUGUCAUCAUUAACUGGUACUUGUCCAAUACCUCAAAUAACUAUAUAUGGUACAACAAAACAUGCUAUUCAAGGUUUCUUUUUGAAUCUUGCUCAUGAACUUCGUAUUUCUGAAUUAUAUCAAAAUCGUGUUACAGCAACUGUAACUAUUCUUGGAUUAAUUGCUACUGAAUCUGCACUUAAUACAAUUGACAAAAGUCUUCAUUUUUUAGCGGUUGAUGUACAUAAAACUGCUCAAGCAAUUAUAGCUGCUGGUGUUUAUGGACAAACUCGUUUAUUUUAUCCAAAAUUUUUUGCAAUUAUUCCACCACUUUAUUACAUAUUCUCUCCUUUAUAUGAGCUUUUAGCUCGCUUAACCGAUUGA